AUGGCCCUGGAAAACUGCCCCCUAUCCUCCCUCCUCGAACUCGACAACACCUACGCCGCUCGCCUGGUAGAACGACGGCGGAUCAUCACGACUGAACGUCAUGAAGUAUUAGGUGUGACGCCAGAGGGAGAGGGGGCUGUGUUGGAGUUUUAUGCUUGGAUGGUUCGUGUGUAUUUACCGGGACGGUGGCCUGGUGUUUAUGCUGUUGAGGAUGCGAAGGGGCUGAGGAACACAGUAACAGGGGAUUUAUUACCGUUGGAUGUAAAUGGCGAUGUAGAGCUGGCAUUGGAAAUCCUAGGUGGGAAUAUCGACACGGAGUUUCUUUUCCUCCUCCCUUCAUCCACCCCUUCCCAGCCCACAUAUCACCUACGCUCCUACAUCAACACCUCUCCCGCCGGCUUCUCAACCCGCUCCAAGCUCUCCCUCUGCCUCUCCGCCAUCCACAGCCCCGUCCCAGGCUACGCCGCUAAACUAGAAAAAAGCAUGGAUCGCUUCUUUGCGAAACUGCCGGUUGGAAAAGUGGUCAAAAGGGCGAAUUGGAGUGUUAGUAUGAAGGGUGAGUUUUUCUGCUUAAAGGGCGCGCAUGGGGGGGUUAGGGAGGGUGAGGAGGAUGAUGGGGAUGGGGAAGAGGAGGAGAAGGUGGAUUUGAGGACGACGUUUUUGAGGUGUGAGAGACAGACUUUACAUCGGCUUCCUGUGACGGGAGCGGUGGUUUUUGCGUUCAAGACGUACAUGUAUCCGCUUCAGCAGCUGAGGGAUGAGGGUAGUGGCGAGGUGCUUGCAGAGGCGAUUGAUGGGCUGAGAUUGGGGAGUGUGCCUGAUAUGACGGUUUAUAAGAAACAGGAUGUUUGGGGGGAGAAAGUCAAGGCGUUUUUGAGGGGGGAGAUUGAGAUUGAUGGAUGA